UAAUAGUAUAGGAACCUCCCUGACUCACUCCUACCUGGGCCAUCACGGCGGACGGACUUCUACCUCCUUCUGUGCCUACGAGUUACCUAUCCCCCACAGGAGCUAUUUCUUGCCCCUGGGACGCCGUACGGGGACUAAAUCAACCCUGGGAGACCUGCCGUGGCAUGGGGGGCGCUGGGGGGGCCAAGGUGAGGUCAACGGCGGACGAGGGCAUAGAGGAGUUUGAGGUGCUGGACGUGCGAGGGACAGCCGCCAACACCAUGUCCUGGCUCCAGCGAUUCAUGCAAGACCUGGCAAGGGAACCCGUGGCCAAGCAGGUGGCUGUGGGGGGCGCCUCGGGAUGGGUGGUGGGCUACCUGUCCAUGAAGGUGGGCAAGGUGGCGGCGACGGUGGUGGGCGGCAGUCUGUUGGUCAUGCAGUUGGCGGCACACAAGGGGUAUAUUAAGGUGGACUGGAACCGGGUGAACCGUGACCUGGAGGAGAACGCGAAGAAGCUCAAACGCGAGGUGGAAUCGAGCGUCAACCCCAGCAGGGUGUCCGAGGAGGCCCCACUACAAGACGCCGCGCGCCGACUGGACCGCACGCUGGAGAAGGCGGCAGACAGGCUGGAGCGGCGGCUGGGACGGGCGGAGGACCAGGUGGACGGGUGGCUGGGGCGGAAGAUGGCCUCCGCCCGCCGCCUGUACCGCCGCCACGUGCUGGGGGACACGAGCCGCCUCAGCGUGGACGAGAUGUACGCACUCAACAUGUACAUCGUGGCCUUCACCGCCGGCACCAUGCUGGGCGUCGGCACCGCCAAGAUGAUCUAGGCCCAGGCAGCGCAAUGCUUCCUUUGUUCUUGUAGUGAUAGGUGAGGCAAGGCUGGGAGAGAUAUUAAAGAUAGCAUUACUCUGUAUAGCGUCAGCCCUGUCCACACUACCUGGCAGUGCCCGAUGGGCAAACACUGUUGCCAAAUGCUGUUCCAAUACACACGUUUCGAUGGUGGGCAGCAGACAAGAGUGAGGAUGAUGUCAUGAGCGUGGGAACCACAGGCAAACCAUCCAAGUGCCCUUGACAGCCUGGCCACACCAUCAAGGAGUGCCUGGCAGACUUUGCCCAUUGAGUGUACAGUCUGCUGGGCACUGCCCAAUAUUGUGGAGCCUGCCGGAAACUGCUCCAUCUGGUAUCACUACUCACCCAGCAUUGCCCGCCGAGAACUGCUCCUUGGUGUGGGCGGGGCCUUAGGGAACACUGGGGCUCGAUUCUUCCUUCCUUCUGAUGAGGCAAAUGACAUUUUUUGUAUAUUAGCAUUUUCUUAUUAUUAUUUUUUCUUUUCUUUUCCUCACCAUAGUAAAAAGAUAGUGAGGGCAUGUUUCUCUCUCUUGAAGAUGGUGUUAUGGUGUUAAGCCUGCCGCCGCCGCCGCCGCCGCCGCCUCAGGUUUUCAGUACAUUUCAUAACACUGUCUGCUCCCGCACUGUACCUUAAUUCAUCAUUUUUCAUUCACUGUGAUUAUCGUGCGAGUGUGCCUGUCCGCGCCGCACACACUCACAGAUCUGCCGUAAUUGUUUGAGGUGAACGCCAGUUGAUUGUGUUCAUUAGAUUCUGUUAGUUGUUCACCUUGAUUGAGUUUGUGUUGCUGGCUUGACCGCUCCUUAGGCUCUGUGUCUCUGGAAUUGCUUGACAAGGAAAAAGUAUAUCUCUACGGGCAAGGACAUUUUUGCCCUGAUAAAACAAUACUAUAUGUAGUUGACCCACAGUUAGCUUUUCCAGGGAUGACAGCAAACCAUAGAUACAUACAUACUCAGUGAUUUUCUUGUCUCCUUGCAGUAGGAAUAUAUAACUAGGUUUGUGUUUCUAGUUUUCUGUGCUGGUUUGUCUUGUAAUUCAACCCACACACACACACACUUAACCCCUUCAAUCCGGCGAUGCUGCGAUGGGCAUCCGACAUCAUCAUCAUUAGCCCUCUUCUAAACCUCUUAAUCUUCUUCCAUUUCCUCUUAAUUCUCUUUUAAACCCAUUAAGAGGAAUUCAGAGGAGGAUUGAAAGGUUUAGAAGGACUAAUCCUCUUCCAUUUCCUCUCGACCCUUUCCAUACUGUGACGCCGACGUCCGCGUCACGUAUGGAAAGGGUUAACAAGACAAAAGUAAACGGUAUAUAUUUUU